CCGGCCGGCCACGCCAUUCUGUGGUGGAGACGGGCGGCACCACCGGCGACGCAAAAAAAUUGGGAAUUUGAUUUGAAAUAGCCCUCGACGAAGCGAAUACUCGUUCUGCUGAUAUGCUCCCUUCGGCGUUCGGCCCCUUCCUCUCUACCUUCGUUGGCAACCUGCGCCUGCGCGCGUCGAUCGAUCCAUCCGUCCAUGGCGUGCAGCUUCUCCCCUUCCUCCGCCACGAGGCUCCAGGCCUUGGACGCGGUGGCGGCGGCGGGCGUGAGGAACGGCAGGGUUCCUGUCAGGGGCUCCGUCGCCCCCGCGCAGCGGUCGCUCGGCUGCUGCAGGGCGACCGCACGGCAGGAAGGCGCCACCCAGGAGCCCAGCGUCGCAGUUUCUUCGGCCCGUACACAGUUGGACCUCCUGGAACAACUGACGUCCACUACACCUGAUGGCACCGCUGGCCUAGAGAAUGGUACACUCCCAGAACCCCGUCAGCGCUCUACUAUCCGCGAGCAACUGUUGGCGCUGGCCAAUGGUAAGGUUGGCGAUGACGAGUUCACCCUCCCAUUGGGCAAGAAGCUGAAGGAAGGCCUGAAGAGACUCAACUCCCUGACGGUGUCGCAGAGGAGGAACAUCAAGAGGCAGGCCAUGCUUACCCAGGUCAGUGGACGGAACGACUCAGUGUUCUUUGCGACCGUUGGGGCGUUUGUACUCGUCCCACCUUUUGCCAUUCUAGCCAUUGCAGUCCUAACUGGUUAUAUCCAGCUCUUGCCUUGAACAUGAAGGUGCAGGCAGGUUCUUUAACUUAUCAUCUCCAGACUGUCAUAUAGAAAGAUGUUUUUGCUCUACAUUAGAAAUGUAUAUAUAUUUAUACAUAGAAGCAAUUUGUAUGUGGGGUAAGUAGGUUUUGUGUGGAAGAUUGUAAGCACUUGAUGUGGCAUAGAUUUAGCAUAAGAAACAUCUAUGGAUCGAUAUGUACACAACGAGGAAGAAAUGCAGAGUACUGAAUGCAGACAGUAAUAA